AUCUCAGUUGGGAAUGGAUAGUUUUUCAAAAUCGUUUUAUUUUUUCUGUCGACAUUCCCUUGAUAGGGUUUGGGGAAAUUAACUAAUAAGCUACGACUGCAUGAGUUUUAUAAUAGUGUCAAGUUUCUUUGCAUUUGCAUUGUCCUUUUGUGGACAAACAAUUCCUGCACGUCAAACAUCCGUGUUAUGAGAAUCAUGAGGUCCUUCUUAGCUCAUAAUCCCGCUGCUUUGGCUUACUCCAUGACAACGCUUGGUUCUGCCAUGAUGAACAGCAUGUUUAGUUUCUACUACGUAAAGCUUUUCUUGAACAGGUACAAAAUAUCAGAGACAGCCUUCCACCAGUCACAGGUUGUGUAUAUGAUCUGGAAUGCGCUGAACGACCCGGUGUUCGGGUAUCUUCAGGACAACUCGGGCCUGCAGUGCUGCUCGCGCCGGAGGCUCUCCAUCUUGUACGGGGCGCCGCUGUACGCCCUGUCGUUCCUGCUGGCCUGGUUCCCCUGGAGGGCGUACGAGGAGCACGACUGGCUGAGCGGCGUGCACCUCACCGUGACCCUGUGUGCGUUCGACGGCCUGCUCACGUUCGUGCUGCUGGCCCAGUGCGCGCUCUUCGCGGAGAUCUCGGGACACCACCAGAGCCGGCUGAGGCUGAUCAAAUACAGCCAGGUGGCGUCUCUGCUGGGCUCGUCCAGCGUGCUGUUCAGCGGCCUCGUGUCCGAGAACAUGGAGCGCUUCGCCGUCUUCCAGGGCUUCAGCGUGUUCGUGGCCGCGCUGGCCUGCGUUUGCAUGCUCUACACCGGCUUGCACAGCGAGAGUCGCUUCGACUGUAAAGCCCCGGAGGGAAAGGAGAGUUCUCCUUCGCUCUCGGUGUCCUCUGUGAUGUCCAUGACCUGGCAGAUCCUCACCAACAGAGACUUCCAGCUGUUUGUGAUCAUGAACUUUUUCCAGGUGUUCUUGCUGGCUUUUUAUAGUAACUUCACCCUGAUUUUUGCAGAGCAUCUCAUUCCUCAGGACGUCCUGCCGCCGCUUGCCAAGAGCGUCAUGUAUGGAGCGGGAUUCAUCUGUCCUCAGGUGUUGGUGUUGUGCAGCCAGAACCUCCUCCAGAAGCUGGGCUACUACAGACUGAUCCUGAUCAGCUUCUACGUGGAGGCCGGAGCGGCCGUGGUCAUGUUGAUGCUGGGUCCGGACAGCUACUAUUUCCUCGCAUUGUUCCUCACUUCCAGCAUGGUCCUGGUUCAGGCGUCCUUCAGUCUCUUCAAUCUGCCUCUGGCGGACAUCAUCGACUCGGACCUGCAGACACACAAGCGCAGCUCUCCUCUCUCGUCGAUGGUUUUCGGGACCAACGCUCUGUUCACGAAGCCGGCUCAGUCUCUGGCCCCGAUGAUGGCCGUGUCUAUCCUGAACCAGUAUGGCUAUGCGGAGAUGCAUGAGGUGUCCAAGGCCGUGGAUCCAAGUGCUCUCCAGUCCCUGCACAGCAUGAUGUUUUACCUGGUGUGUGUGGUGCCGCUGUGUGUCACGGGCCUGCAGGUGCUGGCCUGGAGACCCUUCUCCAUACGGGACAGCCACACACUCGACCCGAAGUACAUCGAUGGCUGAACUCGGGAGUGCUGGAGGGAUUACAUGUGUCACGGGUGCUU